AGAGCCCGGCGGAUGCCCCCGGGACAAGCAUCCCCGAGCGCGGCGCCCCCGGGACCCCCAGGGAACAUGGGCGUGCUCAGGGCCGGGUUGUGCCCGGGCCUCACCCAGGACACGGUCGGGCAACUGAGGACCCGCGGGAUCAGGACAGUCGUGGACCUGGUUUCCGCAGACCUAGAGGACGUAGCCCAGAAAUGUGCCUUGUCUUACAAGGCCCUGGUUGCCCUGAGAAGGGUGUUGCUGGCCCAAUUCUCAGCCUUCCCCUGCAAUGGCGCUGAUCUGUACGAGGAACUGAAGACUUCCACUGCCAUCCUGUCCACUGGCAUCCAAAGCCUGGACAAACUGCUUGAUGCCGGUCUCUACACUGGAGAAGUGACUGAGAUUGUAGGAGGCCCAGGUAGUGGCAAAACCCAGGUGUGUCUUCGUGUGGCUGCAAAUGUGGCCUACAGCCUGCAGCAGAAUGUUCUGUACAUUGAUUCCAACGGAGGACUGACAGCCUCCCGUAUCCUCCAGCUACUUCAGGCCAGGACCCCAGACGAGGAGGAGCAGGCAGGAGCCCUCCAGAGGAUCCAGGUGGUGCGUGCGUUUGACGUCUUCCAGAUGUUGGCUGUGCUGCAGGACUUCCGAGGCGCCGUGUCCCAGCAGGUGAGCAGCGCCUCAGCGACUGUGAAGGUGGUGGUUGUGGACUCAGUCACUGCGGUGGUCUCCCCACUUCUGGGAGGUCAGCAGAGGGAAGGUUUGGCCUUGAUGGUGCAGCUGGCUCGAGAGCUGAAGACCCUGGCCCGGGACCUGGGCGUGGCAGUGAUGGUGACCAACCACAUGACCCGAGACAGGGACAGUGGGGAUCUCAAACCUGCCCUUGGACGCUCCUGGAGCUUUGUACCCAGCACCCGGAUUCUCCUGGACAUUGAGGAAGGAGCAGGAGCAUCGGGCAGUUGGCGCAGGGCACGUCUGACCAAAUCUCCCCGUUUGCCAACAGGUUUCCAGGAGGUGGUAGACAUUGGGACCUGGGGGCCUCCAGAGCAGAGCCCAGCAUCCCAGGGAGAUCAGAUAGGACUGUGCUGUUGAUUGGGAAAAGCCGGGGACAUCAAGCACCCCACCUCUGUGCACGCUAGCAGCUGCUGUUCACGGUCACCCAACACUUGGGACUGUAGGAGAAGCUCUCGGGCUGGGCGGAGGAGACAUCUCUGUUUCCUCAGCCUCUCUUUCUGUGGCAAGAGAGGACGCUGUGUUGGAAGGACCCAGAAACUCAUGCCGGUCCCAGGUUUUCUUCCUUGUUUCUAUCAUGUAUGUUUCCAUGGGAGCUGAGUUCACCCUGGCCUCCGGCCUCUGUGAAGAGGCCUGCUAGAGACCAGACAGAACCCUUUGUGUCACCAUGGUACCCGCGUUCCAUCCUCAUGCAGUGACUGAGCCCAGAAGCCUCUGCUGCUCUCUCUCUCUU